CUGGAAUGUGUAAGUAAUCAUAUUAUAGCAAUAAAUUGGUAUAUAAGAAUUAAGAUAAAUGAUUAAAACAUAUUUAUCACAUUUUCUCCCAAAAUGCUUAGCAAAUAACAACUGGACUCUCGUGACUUCUCCUUGCACCCUAUAAUACUCUACACGCGUGACAUCUACGCGCUGGUGUGAACGCGUGUAAGCUCUAGUCCCGCGUUGAGCUGUCACUCUCUGUGUCGGUCCUCUUCGCUUCCCCUCUCUCCUUCUCCACUAAUCUUACACUAAUUAUUAAACUAAUCACCCAUUAACUCUAAAUCUCAACAAAUCAUAAUCUCUUAUAAAGAAGACACACAUCUCCUAAAUCUUACCCUUAUUAUUAUUCAUUCUCUCUAAUCAAAUCCUCUUCUCUCUCAAAUCUCAAUCUCCGAUUAUGACAGACGACAGAGUUUACCCUGCAUCAAAACCUCCCGCCAUCGUCGGUGGCGGUGCCCCAACCACCAAUCCAACUUUCCCGGCGAACAAAGCUCAGCUCUACAACGCAAAUCGUCCCGCUUACCGUCCACCAGCUGGUCGUCGUCGUACUAGCCAUACCCGUGGAUGUUGCUGCCGUUGCUGUUGCUGGACGAUAUUCGUAAUCAUCCUCUUACUCCUCAUCGUCGCCGCCGCAUCAGCCGUCGUAUACCUAAUCUACCGUCCUCAACGACCUAGCUUCACCGUCUCUGAACUCAAAAUCUCCACUCUCAACUUCACAUCCGCCGUUCGCCUCACCACCGCCAUUUCCCUCUCCGUCAUCGCCAGAAACCCUAACAAAAACGUUGGAUUCAUCUACGACGUCACCGACAUCACACUCUACAAAGCAUCCACCGGAGGAGAUGAUGACGUAGUCAUUGGUAAAGGAACGAUCGCGGCGUUUUCUCACGGGAAGAAGAACACGACUACGCUUAGAAGUACGAUCGGAAGUCCUCCGGAUGAACUCGAUGAGAUCUCGGCGGGUAAGCUGAAAGGAGAUCUGAAGGCGAAGAAAGCAGUGGCGAUUAAGAUUGUUUUGAACUCGAAGGUGAAAGUGAAGAUGGGAGCUCUAAAAACUCCUAAAUCAGGAAUUAGGGUUACUUGUGAAGGGAUUAAAGUGGUGGCUCCGACGGGAAAGAAGGCGACGACGGCUACGACUUCCGCCGCUAAGUGUAAGGUUGAUCCAAGAUUUAAGAUCUGGAAAAUUACUUUCUAAAUAUAGUAAACAAAAUAAUGGAAUCACAUUCUUAGUUUUUUCUUCAUUUUCUUUUUAUUACUCCAUUGUUUCAAUUUUCAUUUCUUUUUAAAUUUGAUUUCAUAUACAGUUCUUUGAUUCCUGUAAGACUUUAUUUUUUUGGUUUAUGUAAAUGAAGAUAUAAAUAUUUGUGUUCUGUCUGAAAUUUUAUUUUUCUAGCUUAGUUAACAAAACCCAACUGUUAGUAUUUAAGUACUGUAAUUAGGUAAUAAUGCG